CAAUGAGGGGAGACUAGCGCGGUGACGUCACUGCCGCUGCUGAGAGAGAGAGAGAGGCAGCGCGCGGGGCAUCAUCGCUCCCCAUCCAUUAGCUGUAGGCUAGCUAGCUAACUGUAGCUAACACCAGCUAUGGUCCACAACCAUUCUCUGUUUUUGGAAACAAACAUGGCAUGACCUGGCUAACGAAGAACACGCACUGGGACUAUGGGGUCUGUUUGGAUUUCAAACACUAACUGGAAUGGUAAUGAUGCAACGAAGCGAGUAGGGGGCUCGCGUCACUGAUGCCAGGUGCAGGCUGUAGCUGAGAGCACUCAGGAUGAGUGGGGCUGGAGAGCACACAGACAUCCUGUCAGUGGCAGACGUGGUCAGAGACAGAUGGAAAGUGACAAGGAAAAUCGGUGGGGGUGGGUUUGGAGAGAUCUACGAGGUUUUGGAUCAUUUGAGCCAGGCCACGGUUGCCCUAAAAGUGGAGUCAGCUCAGCAACCCAAACAGGUGCUGAAGAUGGAGGUGGCUGUGCUGAAGAAGCUUCAGGGCAAAGAUCACGUGUGUCGUUUUGUGGGCUGUGGCCGCAAUGACCGUUUCAACUAUGUGGUGAUGGAACUCCAGGGGAGGAAUCUGGCAGAUCUACGCAGAACGAUGACCCGCGCCACCUUCUCUGUUUCCACAACUUUGCGGCUCGGCAAGCAGAUUUUGGAGGCCAUUGAAAGCAUCCAUUCUGUAGGCUUUCUGCACCGUGACAUUAAACCUUCUAACUUUGCGAUGGGAAGACUAGCCAGUACCUGCAGAUGCUGCUACAUGCUUGAUUUUGGCUUGGCCCGACAGUUUACCAACUCCAGCCAGGAAGUCCGUCCACCUCGUCCUGUAGCAGGCUUCAGAGGAACUGUGCGAUACGCUUCAAUUAAUGCUCAUAAGAACAAGGAAAUGGGCCGUCAUGACGACCUGUGGUCACUCUUUUACAUGCUGGUUGAAUUCAUGGUUGGUCAGCUCCCUUGGAGGAAAAUUAAAGACAAAGAACAAGUAGGAAAUCUGAAAGAGACAUAUGACCAUCGUCUCAUGCUUAAACACCUUCCCUCAGAGUUCAGUAUGUUCCUGGAUCACAUCCUGACCUUGGACUACUUCACUAAGCCUGACUAUCAGCUCCUGAUGUCAGUGUUUGAAAGCGCCAUGAAGAGCCACAGUGUGCUGGAGAAUGACGCGUACGACUGGGAGAAAUGUGAUUCAGAGGAUAUGCUGACCAUCACUGCCGCAACAACCACUGCUCAGCAACUCACCCGUCUCACUCCAGCCUACUUAGGCAUGGCCAACGCUUCAGUGCUGCCGGGCGAGCUGCAGAGGGAGAACACUGAGGAUGUCCUGCAAGGGGAGCGCCUCAGUGACGCCGACAACUGCCCACCCAUCCCCACACCGACCACCCUGGGCGGAGACGUAUGGGAGGAGAUGGACCGCAACCGAAACCAUAAACACACCCAGCCGAUGAUCAGGAAGGUGGUGAGUGAGGAUGAACACAGUCAGAACCAGGGGAACCAGAGCCCCAACACUGGCUCUGUGCAGAGUUCUCCAAGACGGGUGCGUUCAGAGACUAUGUUCUUAGAUCGGGCUGCACCUCUGCUCCGAAGGAUGAGACACAGUCAGAGUCUGGCGUUUGAAAAGAGACUCGCACCUGAACCCAAACCCACCAUUGAGCGCUUCCUUGAGGCAUACUUGGGCAAACAGCGUCCCAUUCUUUCUCAUGUUGGGGAGAAGUCUGGUUUGCUGUCCCCUUCUUGUAACGAGGAACACUCCGGGACAGCGACCCCUGACCCUGAGGAGGGUGCUGCGAGCAGUGGCUUUGUGGCUGUGAACCUCAGUCCUGUCCCUCAGGAGGGAGACUCUCAAGAGUGGGUGAUGCUGGAGCUCGAGCAGGGAAGCGGCUCUGGAGCCACCAAGCCGCCUGGUCAGGACAAGCCUGGGGCACAGACGUCUGCUGAACCCGAGAACCAGUCCUCUGAUCAACAGGAUGGCCAGUCCACAGCAGUGCCGAGCAGUCCUGUCCUCUCGCAGAUGGCCAUGCCUGGCACGUGGUUACUGGGCCACAGAAGACUGCCAGGGAUGCUGGGACAAAUACCCUCGGUCAUCAUGGGAAGACCCCAGAUGGAACAGAGUUCCAGCCUUGGGUCUCCCGUACAGGAAAAGAGUGAAGCGAUACCACUGGAGGCACCGUCUGUUAAACCUGACAUACUACCGGAAGAAACUUUAAAGGAUGGAGAGAGGUUGGAGUUAGGGAAAGUGCCAAGUCUAGCCAAAGGUCCCUCUGCUCACCUAACAAACGACAGAGACCCAGAGAGUGAUUCUGGCCUGCCCGAUCGAUCCUCCGAGCCCAAUCAGCAGCCUCAAGCUGACGCAGCAGGAGGUGCAGUGGAGAGCACUGUCACCGUUUCCUCAUCCCCACCUCCAGCUCUGCUCAGGAGGAGAGACUCCCCCCUGUCCCCAAGACUGAGUCGCAUCCCAGUAAGAGACCCCACCGGCCCCCUGGACUCUCCAAGCAGGGACCCCAACAUGGAGAGGCGUCAUCGUUGGAGCAGCCCGGUCCCUGGCUCCCCUACCCACUCCCCUUCUCCCUCACUGUCCUGUGACAACCUGCCCUGUGCUUUACCCAGAGACAGGCUCUGCUCUGAGCGGGGCUCCAGGUCUGACUGUGGGGGAGAAGACCCCCUCUCUCUGUCCUCAUCAUCAGGUAGUAGAAGUAAGAUUCCACGCCCUGUGAGCGCCACCUUUGUACCGGAGCAACUCACGAGCAGGUUUCUACCCCGACCACCUCCAGGGAAACCGCCCAUCCGUUCCUGUGUGGACAACAGAAGACGGCGGUUAAGAGUGCGAGCCAGCAGCACCAGCGACGCAGACUUCCUCGCCAGUCUGACGCAGUUGAUGCAGGACCGCAGCGGGAUGCUCUUCAGCCCUCCUCCUCGGCCUCGCGGCUCCUCCUCCCUGCAGCGCUCCCUAAGCUCCUCUCCCUCCCGACAAGAGCUGCGUGAGGGCGGGGCACUACAGGGACGCAGCCGCUCUCCAUCCAGCUUCUCUGGCUCCCCUCCCGCCCGGCACGCUCACCCACAAGAACGGUCCGGAGGGCAUAGUCAGUGGGGCCACUGCUCCAGGGGACGGGGUCUGAUCCACGAGGGGAAAGGCUCGGGAAAAGUGAAUCGAUGACUGUGUUUGACACAAGUGACUGAUCUGGAUGGUGCAACUGUAGCCAGAAACUGAUUGAAAUCAAGUCCCUGGUAGCAUGUGUAAAUAUGGUAUUUACUCAAGGGAAUGUACUGUAUGUAAUGUAAAAUGUAUGAUAAAUUGUAUGUAUUUAUUUAUUUAUUUGUUGGAUGUCUCAGAAUACUUGACGAUGUGGCUCGAUGCGUUCAGAUGAAAGAAAAAAGGUUGAGAUCGCCUGAAGAUUGCCAACUCUUUACCUCUCAUUUCACUCCUCUCUUAAUGCUCCAUGUAGGCCUAAUAUGAGACCAAAAAGAUUAUCUAUCUUUAAUACUUGAGGGAUGUAAAAAAAAAAAAGAUGCUAAUUGUAGAUAUGUUCCAUUAGAGAAAUGGUCCACACUAAUAGACACCAUGUACUCACCGUAAGGACACUAAUAUUAGAUAACACAAGCAGUAUACCAACAUCAGCGUUCAUGUACAGAAGCAGGGCAUGCAGCCCCACUGACCUUACUCCUGAAGAAACACUUAGCUAAAUGACUCGAUGUAACAAUGAAUUGCUCAUUCUUGCAUUUCAGUGUAGUAGUGCUUUUACUUUGCUAGGAAAUAUUUGUCAUGCAAAAGGCGACGCGUAUUAGAAUGUACAUGUAAGUGCACUCAUCUUUCAGUAUUGUAAAAGUGCAUGAGAAUCAUUGCUUUUUUGUUUUUAUAUUUAUUUGUACAAUCUGCUAAGACAUCUGUAUUUUUAUUGAGCUGCUUCUGAUCAAAAUACAUCAUAAUGUAGACCAGCAACAAUGGGCUUUAUUUGUUUCUUGCAUCAAGUAAGGGAGUAAGAAAGUGAUAUCAUGACUGAAUUGACUUUGCAUUUUAUUCUCCAUACAACCAAAAUAUUAUGACCAUGAUUAAAUUAAACAAGCUCCAGAUUUUAAAAGUA